UCCAGACGUUCAACAGUCAUUUGAUAAGUGACAACUGUGGUUGAUAAGUAAUAACUAUCAGUGUUUACUGCAAGAGGGCUCAGUGAAAGGCCAUAGUUUUGCUGUAAAUAAUGUUAAAGAGAGGUAAAUCUGUAAAAAAAUAUAUAAUAACGUCUUAUUAAAAUGUGUGAUAGUGCAAUAGAUGCGGUACAUCCGCGAUUUUCAAAGAAACCGAUGUUUUAUCAAACUGGGUUUAAAAUAGCGCUCGUCCAACUAUCUGUUGGCCCGGACAAAGCAAAAAAUGUAGCCGCUGCUGUCAGUGAGAUACACAAAGCUAAAGCGAAAGGGGCUCAUGUAGUAGCUCUGCCAGAGUGUUUCAACUCUCCAUAUGGAACUAAAUAUUUCAAUGAGUACGCGGAGGAAGUACCGUCGGGGGCCACGAGCCGAGCGUUAUCAAGAGCGGCGGCGGAGGCGGGCGUGUGUGUGGUCGGAGGGACCGUGCCUGAGCGGUGUGGCGAUAGACUAUAUAACACUUGUACCGUUUGGGAUGACAGUGGGAAGCUACUGGCUCAGUAUAGAAAGAUGCACCUCUUUGAUAUAGACAUCCCGAACAAGAUAACGUUCAAGGAAUCCGAAGUACUGAGCGCUGGUGACCAAGUGACUACCUUCGACUACCGCGGAGUUAGAAUCGGUAUCGGGAUAUGUUACGACAUACGCUUCCCCGAACUCGCGCAUCUCAUGGCCCAACAAGGGUGUUCCAUGUUGCUGUACCCGGGCGCGUUCAAUAUGACGACCGGCCCCAAGCACUGGGAGCUGCUGGGCCGGGCUCGGGCCAACGAUUGUCAGUUGUGGGUGGGCCAGAUCAGCCCGGCGAGAGACGCUGCCGCGGGGUACGUCGCCUGGGGACAUUCCAUCCUCGUCGACCCCUGGGGACAGGUCAGGGGUCAGCUUGACGAACGACCCGGCGUCAUUAUCGAGGACAUCGAUCUGAAGGUAGUUGAAGAAGUCAGGUGUCAAAUACCAAUUAGAAUACAAAGAAGAACCGAUGUCUACGACACGGUGUCCGUGAAACAGUGAAGCCAAGGACACAGACAAAAAACAUUGUUCAAAUCAAUUGUUAAUUAGAUAACAUACGAAUUUAUUGUAUAUAGAAGUGUUGAAGUUUGCUGUUUUAUAUACAAAUAUAUAUUUUUAAAGUUUU